UUCGCCGUUGCCACGUCACCCUCACAGUCGUCGUCACUGCAUAAACAGUAAAGAUGGCGGCCUCCGUCCGGGAGAAACAGACAGCUGCUUUGAAGCGAAUGCUCAACUUCAAUGCCCCACCUUUGAAAAACACAACAGCUGAGCCGGUAUGGAAGGUUCUUAUUUACGAUCGCUUUGGCCAAGACAUCAUAUCUCCCCUGCUGUCUGUGAAAGAGUUACGGGACAUAGGCAUCACUCUGCACCUCUUGUUGCACUCAGAUCGCGACCCCAUUCCAGAUGUUCCUGCCAUUUACUUUGUAAUGCCCACAGAGGAGAACAUUGACAGGAUAUGUCAAGACCUCCGAAACCAACUAUAUGAGUCCUACUAUUUGAACUUCAUCUCCGCAGUCUCUAGAAGCAAAUUGGAGGACAUAGCAAGUGCUGCUCUAGCAGCUAAUGCUGUAAACCAGGUGACCAGAGUAUUUGAUCAAUAUUUGAACUUCAUCACACUUGAAGAUGAUAUGUUCAUUCUCUGUAAUCAAAACAAAGAACACAUCUCCUACCACGCAAUCAAUAAACCAGAUAUCAUGGACACAGACAUGGAUGGCAUAAUGGACACAAUAGUGGAUAGUCUCUUCUGCUUUUUUGUCACUCUUGGUGCUGUCCCAAUAAUCCGAUGUCCAAGAGGGAAUGCUGCUGAAAUGGACUUCCACCUGAACCGGGUCAGUGUGGAGGAGUCUCAAGGGUCAGAGGCCAGCCCAGCUGGAGCACGGCCAAAAAAGAAAAACAAGAAGAGCUAUGAUCUCACUGCUGCUGAUAAAUUUUGGCAAAAACACAAAGGAAGUCCAUUUCCUGAGGUUGCAGAAGCUGUGCAGGAGGAACUAGAUACAUAUCGAGCCCAAGAGGAUGAGGUUAAACGCCUCAAGAGUAUCAUGGGCUUAGAAGGGGAGGAUGAUGGAGCUAUUAGUAUGUUGUCAGAUAACACUGCCAAACUUACCUCAGCUGUCAGGGUCCUUUCUGGAACAGCAGAAGAUAAGAUAAGGCUGUUUCUGAUCUACUACAUCACUUCCCAGCAGCCCCCAUCUGAGGCUGAUCUAGAGCAGUACAAGAAAGCCUUGGUUGAUGCAGGCUGCGACUUAUCCUCACUUAACUACAUUAAGCAAUGGAAAGCUUUUACGAAGAUGGCUGCAACACCAGCCAGUUACGGAAGCAGUGGAGUGAAACCAAUGGGACUGUUCUCACGGGUGAUGAACACUGGCUCCCAGUUUGUGAUGGAGGGGGUGAAAAAUCUGGUUCUGAAACAGCAUAAUUUGCCGGUUACUCGCAUCUUGGACAACUUGAUGGAAAUGAAGUCAAACCCGGAGACUGAUGACUACAGAUACUUCGAUCCCAAGAUGCUUCGCGGAAGCGAGAGCUCCAUUCCAAGGAACAAGAACCCCUUUCAAGAGGCCAUCGUCUUUGUCGUUGGUGGGGGCAAUUACAUAGAGUAUCAAAAUCUUGUUGACUACACAAAGGCCAGGCAAGGGAAGCGGGUUCUUUAUGGCUGUAGUGAGCUUUUCAAUGCAGCCCAGUUCAUGAAACAGCUCUCCCAGCUUGGUCAGAAAUAGGAGGAGCAUUGAAGUCCAGUUAUCCACCCUUCUCAAAACUGAAAUCAAGAUCUUUUCUGUUGUAUUCCAUUAAAACCCCUCUAACUUCAGAAUCACUCAUAUUCCAUGUACUUUAUACUGUUUUCCUAUACUAUUUAAUUCAAUACUAAAGGUUCCCAACAAUAAAGUCUUACGCAUCAAUUGCACUUUGUUUUCUUUCUAU